AUGUCCGCGUUUGCCUCUACAUCCUCAAACACCAACCCAAGGUCUGAAUUCGAAUCACAACGCUCCGAACUCGUGCGCGAAAUCGCUCUUGGCAUGGAAUCAGUCCUCCAAUAUAUUAACCGUCUUAAUCGGAAUUUGGAGAGUAUCAUUGCUGUCGGCAAUGAAUUUUCCUCUGUCGAAGCGCUGUGGAGUCAAUUUGAGAAUGUCAUGGGGAGUGAAGAAAACCAACAACAACAGCAACAACAACAACAGGAGCAGAAAAAUAGAGGUGAGGGAGAGGUGGAAGGCGCUGAAGAUGAGGAUGAUGAUGUGGAGGUUAAGCGGGAGGAGGAUGACGGGGUGGAGGAGGGAUACAGAAGGAAUGAUGAUAUAGACGAUGGGCAUAGACGAUAG